AUGCCUGCGACAUCUGAACGCACCCGCCUACUGCCCGAGCGUGAUGAGGUAGAACCUGCCAGUGUGGUCAGGGAAUCAGAAGCUCACCUCAGGAGGGUGGCAGAUUCAUUUCCUCGCUCUGUCUGGCUCAUCGCGACUAUUGAGUUUUGCGAGAGAUUUGCUUAUUUUGGUAUUGUCGGACCAAUGCAAAACUACAUGCAGAACGCAAUGGACGACCCUCUGCACCCCGGCGGGAUUGGACUUGGACAGGCCCAGGCGACGAUGAUUAAUCAAGGUUUUCUGCUUUGGUGUUUCCUCACCCCAUCCAUCAGCGCUGUAGUCGCAGACCAAUAUAUCGGACGACUGAAGACGAUCAUGUACUCUUCGGCGAUCUACAGUUGUGGACUGGUAGUUUUGUGUCUAUCCUCGAUAUCGCUAGCCUAUGACAUCAUUUUGUCGCGACUGGCACUGCUAUUGGCCUUGGUCUUGAUAGGCAUCGGUACUGGUGGUAUCAAGACGAACGUGAGCUCGCUUAUUGCAGAGCAAAUUACUGGUCCAAGCGAAACCAUCCGAGUAACCAAGUAUGGAGAAAAGGUGGUUGUAGACAGAGACCUAACGAUACAAAGCAUAUUCUCCAUGUUUUUCUUGUUCAUCAAUGUUGGAUCCUUUGCUGCUGCCGCCUGCACGGCUAUCGAGCAAAGAUACGGCUUCACCAUGGCAUUCGCUCUACCCACCGUGAUUUUCAUCACCGGAUUUACCAUCCUGCUGAUAAGCAAGGACGGAUACAUCAGUCGUGCACCAGAGAGUUCUGUUAUCCUCCACGCAUGCCGAGCAUUCUGGAUUGCUAUUAGGCACGGGGGCAACCUCGACUACGCACGUCCAGGUACCGAGGACUCAGCCCAGCGAGUUCCGUGGGACAACUCCUUUGUAGACGAUUUGAAGCGAAUCUCAUCCGCGUGCAAAGUUUUCUUACUAUACCCUUUCUAUUGGGCCGCCUGUACGCAAUUCGCGACGAACUUUGUCUCCCAGGCCAGUACCAUGGAGACUCACGGGAUCCCAAACGACAUCCUGGUUUUCCUCGACCCGGUUACAGCGAUCAUCCUGUUGCCUAUUCUUGACCGCAUUGUUUUCCCGUACUUUGAACGGAUUGGAAAGCCGGUUGACUAUGUCCAUCGAAUGACGGCAGGGUUUAUGUUCUGUGGCGCUGCCAUGCUAUACGCUGCUUUUGUUCAAUGGGAGAUUUAUGCGGCACCUCCAUGCUAUAACCAUCCACGAGCACGAGACUGCGUGGGAGGGAGUGUACCGAACCAGGUCUCUAUAUACGUGCAGGCUCCGGCGUACAUGUUGAUUGCCACUUCAGAAAUACUUGCAGCGGUCGCAGGUAUCGAGUACGCAUAUACCAAGGCGCCGGCCUCGAUGAAAUCGCUAGUCAUGGCCGUUUACCUGACAACUACUUCCGUGGGAGCAUUACUCGCUGUGGCAGUCUCACCAUUAACGGUGGAUCCAAAACUAGUCUGGAUGUACAUCACCCUGAGUAUGGGACCUCUUAUGGCUGGUGUUACAAUUUGGUCUGCUCCCAUCGCGGCCCCCUGGUGGUGA